AUGGCGGGAAAGGAAGUUUUGAUCAAGGCCAUUGCCACCGCUGUCCCAGCUUAUCCUAUGCUUUGUUUUAAAUUCCCCAAGGUGGUGUGCAAUGAGAUCAGUAGCGAUAUUGCGAAAUUCUGGUGGGGAAAAUUAGAAGGCGGCAACGGCAUACACUGGAAAUCUUGGAAGGCUUUGUGUUUGGCGAAAGGAGAUGGAGGUCUUGGCUUUAGAGACCUUGAGGAAUUUAAUCUGGCACUACUUGCCAAACAGAGUUGGAGAAUAAUCUCUAAUCCUAAUGCCUUAUGGGUUCGAAUUCUGAAAGCAAGGUACUAUCUUGAUUGUGAGUUUAAGGAUGCUAUUUUGGGUCACAGACCAUCUUGGAUCUGGACAAGUAUUCUAGAAGGAAGAGAUGCUUUAAUGGGCAGGGCCAGAGUUCAGAUCAUGAAUGGUGCAGAUACAAAUAUUUGGGGUGACAAUUGGAUUCCUGAUAAUGGCAUUAUUACACCAAUCACUCAUGUCCCUCAUGAUGCUCCACAAAUGGUUUCAGAUAUUAUCAAUCUGCAUAAUCGAACUUGGAGUUUGGACAGGGCUCAAGCUGUGUGGUUUGGAUCUCCAAUGACAUUAAGAAUUGAUACUCAAAGCUUUAGCACUCUAGAUGUUUGGUUGAAUAAUAUUCUGGACUUGAGAACUGAAUCAAAAAUGGAAAAGCAUGAUUUGCUUACUAUGCUAAGCUUCUUUCUUUGGGAAAUAUGGAAGACCAGAUGUAAAGCUAUCAUGGAAGGUUAUAGAAUUGAUCCAUGCAAAGUGGUGGAAAAUGCAGGUAAGGCAAAGGUGGAAUUUCAAAAAGUGUGGCGAGGUAAUGCAAAUAGUGUGACGAGCCAUUCCCCUUUAAAUGGUGAGGUCUGCUCGUGGGAGCCGUCGCUAAUGGGUUUCGUUAAAGUAAAUAUUGAUGGGAGUUGGCAAAGCAAUGGUAGAGAAGCUGGUGUUGGAGUGGUAAUUCGAAAUUCAACUGGGGAGUUUCUAGGCGGCUUGGCUGCAUCACGGGUGGGUCACUCUGCUCUUGAGGUGGAGGCAGAAGCAGCAGUCAUGGGGUUGGAGUUUGUGGCCAAUCUUGGCUAUAUUAGUGAUGUCUACGUGGAAUCUGACUCAAAGACCCUUGUGGACGGGAUCAAGGGGAUAUAA